GGGGAGAGAGAGAGAUUGUAAUGAGAAAACCUCUUCUGACAUCGUUAUUCGGUACCACAAUCAACAUGUUAUUGUGCUAAUGGAAAUAAACCAAAAAUCUCGCCCAAAAAUAUUUAACACAAAAAAAAAAAAAAAACCAAGGAGGAGAGAAUUUGCGAAGCCUGCGAAUCUCCGAGUCCAACCAUCUGGGCGGUAGAAGCUAGACGCAGCUUUCUAGAGUUUGCAGUUGGCCCUUCCUUGCAUAUUCAUUCACUUUUGCUCAAGCUUCCUUCGGCUCUGUUACCCGCUUCGUCGUCGAGUUUGCUGCAAUCUAUUCCCCUCACGGUCUGCUUAGCCAUGUCUCUGAGAACUGUGACUAGAAAGUUGGGGAAUAAAUUCUUGCCCAUGUUAUCUUCCACUUCCCCGCUACAUUCUCAUGCCACCAGUUUUGGAUUUAAACAAGUGAAUGAGGAAGAAAAGGCCCAAAUGGUUGGUAAUGUCUUCACAAAUGUUGCCGCAAGCUAUGAUGUCAUGAAUGAUCUAAUGAGUGCUGGAUUACAUAGAUUGUGGAAGGAUAGACUAGUUUCCAAGCUAAACCCUUUUCCUGGAAUGAAGCAUCUUGAUGUGGCUGGCGGGACAGGGGACGUUGCUUUUAGAAUCUUGGAGACUAUAAACCAAGUUAAACUGAGAGGACUUCGAGAUGUGCUUGAAGAUACUUUAGAGGAGGAAACUCAAAUAUAUGUUUGUGACAUUAAUCCUAGCAUGCUAAAUGUUGGAAAACAACGGGCCUUGGAGAGAGGCUUUGGACAAGAUCGCUCGCUUGUAUGGGUAGAGGGAGAUGCUGAAAACUUGAGUUUCAAAAACGAUUCAAUGGAUGGCUACACUAUUGCUUUUGGGAUUAGAAAUGUUACACACAUAGAGAAGGUUCUUAAUGAAGCUUAUAGGGUAUUAAAACGUGGGGGAAGGUUUCUCUGCCUUGAAUUGAGCCAUGUUGACAUUCCAAUAUUUAAAGAAUUGUAUGACCUUUAUUCUUUCUCAGUUAUUCCUGCCAUGGGAGAGUUGGUUGCUGGUGAUCGAGCAUCCUAUCAAUACUUAGUUGAGAGUAUUCGGCGUUUCCCCCCACAGGAUAAAUUUGCUUCAAUGAUUGCCAAUGCCGGGUUCCAGAAAGUCGAGUACGAGAAUCUAGUUGGAGGAGUGGUUGCCAUCCAUUCAGGAUUGAAAGUCUGAUGGUGCAUGCGUAUUCCUAAGCUACACAGCGUGGAUAUCAAGCAUAAGAUCUUGCUGGAAUUCCAAGUGUUGAAUUGGUUAGAAUGGCUUUUCUAGUUUCUGCACUUGUGCAGCCACCGGAAAUGUCUUGAUUGUGACUUUGGCGUUUGCAAUUCUUUUAUAAAUACUUUGGUCUUCUUAUAUAUAUGUAGUAUUAUGGACGACUUUAAUAAGAAUUUAAAAACGAAAUUUGCUUUUACACCAAUAAAUAAAUUCAUUUCAUUUUUUUAAUGCAAAA